CUGCUGCUGCUGCUGCUGCCGCGGGCCUCGGAGGGGCCAGCCCCGGGCGAGGUGGACGCCGAGGCCUGGCUCCAGUCUUACGGCUACCUCCCGCCGUCUACCCGCCAGAUGUCUACUCUGCGCUCGGCUCAAAUCCUCUCCUCCGCCGUGUCUGAGAUGCAGAGCUUCUACGGCAUCGCUGUGACAGGUGUCCUAGAUGAAGAGACAAAAGUGUGGAUGAGGCGGCCCCGCUGCGGAGUCCCCGAUAAGAUUGGAACUCAGGUCAAAGCCAACAUGCGGCGCAAGCGAUACGCACUGACUGGACGCAGGUGGACCCAGGAGCUCCUGACCUUUAGCAUCCAGAACUACACAGAGAAGGUGGGCCGCUUCCAUUCUUACAACGCCGUCCGCCGAGCCUUCCGAGUGUGGGAGCAAGCUACCCCGCUCAUCUUCCAAGAGAUCCCGUACGACGAAAUCCGUUACAAGAGGAGGAAGGAAGCUGACAUCAUGGUGCUCUUUGCCUCUGGGUUCCAUGGGGACAGCUCUCCCUUCGAUGGUGCCGGGGGGUUCUUGGCACAUGCAUUCUUCCCGAGCACCGGUUUGGGAGGGGAUGUGCACUUUGACUUGGACGAGCCAUGGAUGCUUGAGAACAGGGACGUGUCGGAGGGGAACAAUCUCUUCCUGGUAGCUGUCCACGAAUUGGGUCAUUCUUUGGGCCUGGAGCAUUCCAGUAACCCUGGGGCCAUCAUGGCACCUUUCUACCAAUGGAUGGACACAGAGAACUUCCAGCUGCCGGAUGACGAUCUUCGCGGCAUCCAACAGCUCUAUGGUGCCCCAGGGGGACAGCCACAGCCCACCAAGCCCUUUCCUACUGGGAUGCCCAGGAAGCCAGAGCAGAGAACCACCAGGCCACCGCCUGGUAAGCCAGGUUGGCCUCCCAGGCCAGGCAACCCAGAUCAGUCGGAGCCCAACAUCUGCGAUGGGGACUUUGAUGUGGUGACAGAGCUGCGUGGGGAGAUGUUUGUCUUCAAGGGCCGCUGGUUCUGGCGGGUCCGCUAUAACCGAGUGCUGGUGAACUACCCGAUGCCGAUUGGACACUUCUGGAGAGGCCUCCCCGGGAACAUCGAUGCUGCAUACGAGAGGCAUGAUGGCCGGUUUGUGUUCUUUAAAGGGGAUCAGUACUGGCUUUUCCGCGAGGCAAACUUGGAACCAGGUUACCCGCAGCCCCUAACUAGCUACGGACUGGGCAUGCCAUACGGCAGAGUGGACACGGCCAUCUGGUGGGAACCCACAGGACACACCUACUUCUUCCAAGGGGACAGGUACUGGCGCUUUAAUGAGGAGAGGCACAGCAUGGAUCCUGGCUACCCAAAGAAAAUCAGUGUGUGGGCCGGAAUCCCCUCCGCUCCCAAGGGAGCCUUUCUGAGCUCCGAUGCAGUUUACACGUAUUUCUACAAAGGCACAAAGUACUGGAAGUUUGACAACGAGAGGCUGAAAACAGAGCCAGGCUACCCCAAGUCUAUCCUGCGUGACUUUAUGGGCUGCCACGAGGAGGUUGCCAUGACGCCUGACCCCGGUCAUCGGUGGCCUAAUCUGGGCAGGCCGACCAUCGGCCCGGAUGGCACCGAGGAGGAAUACAAUGUGGACCCUCCCCCCGAGGAGGAAGACAACGAAGUGGACGCGGAGGACGCUUACAGCGACGACGCGGACGGUGGCAGGGCAAAGGGCCGUGGGCGCGGCGGGGACAAUGAUGUGGACAUCGUGGUGCACAUUGACGAAUACCCUCUGACCCUGAGCAUCGUCAUGGUGAUGGUGCCGUUGGUGCUACUGCUUGGGAUCUUGGGCCUCAUCUAUGCCCUUGUGCAGCUGCAGCGGAAGGGCACCCCCCGCAUGCUUCUCUACUGCAAGCGGUCUCUACAGGAAUGGGUGUGAAGCCUGACCGUGUCCCACCAUCAACGGCC